AUGGCCAACUAUCUCGUAUUUGGUGUAUCAGUCUUUUUGAUGUUUGCUUUCACGAGCCAAUAUCUACUAGUAUUUGAACCAUUAGGUUUCAUAGGGAAUAGAGCCGGACAGAUAUAUAUCGGAUUAUCGGUGGUGACUCAUCCAGGAUUCGCACCACUCGAAUACGUGCCCGAGGGCAAGAGUAGAAAAGAGUUGGAUGAAAUCAUAGAGAUAUACAGAGGACGACAUAGCAACAACAGCAGCGAAGCGGCUGCAAACAAACCACCUUCUAUACGUUACUGUACAACUUGUAAUAUAUUCAAACCACCUAGAACACAUCAUUGUCGAAAGUGUAAGCGAUGUAUUGUUAAACAAGAUCACCAUUGUCCUUGGAUUGCCAACUGCGUAGGAUUCAAGAAUCAAAAGCCAUUUCUCUUGUUUCUCUUUUACGUCUUGUUGGUAGGCACCAUCUCCAUCUUUUUACUCGUCGUCAGUGGCUUUAUCAUCCUAAAUCACUCUCUAACCAAUAGCGAUAAUGAAAUAGUUGGUAAAGAGACACAAGAACCUCUUCAUUUCUCUGUUGAUGGUCUAGUUGUAACAGUACUGUUUAUCGUUAAUUUAUCGAUACUCAUACCCGUGUUGUUGGGAGUAUCUGGAUUAUUUUAUUUCCAGUUUAGUUAUGUUUUGGAUAAUAUCACAUCGGUAGAACGAUUCGAAAGAAAGACAGAGAUCAAAGCUGCAAAGCGUGCAGGACUACGAGAUCAAUACAGAUGGCGAUAUGAUCGUGGAACAACAUUGAAUUUUAAAGAAGUAUUUGGCGAUCGUUUCAAAGAUUGGAUUUGGCCAAUCGGUAUACCAAAAGGCGAUGGAAUUAAUUGGAAAAUGAAUCCACCAGAUACUCUUUUCAAAAAUAAUCAUAAUAGUAAUAAUACUAAUAAUAAUAUAGGCGAAGAAGAUUCUCUAAUUGUAUUCUUGUUUAGUUGUUUGUUGCUAUUUGACAUUAUUUCAACUACUGUCAUGGGUAGAGAAGUAGAGAUAUACUAUGACGAUGAACCUCCAGUCACAAUACCACCUGAAAAAGUUAAAGGAAAUCAUGAUUUUAAUUUAAAGAUUGAAAUGAUAGCUGGCACUCUAGCAGGUGUUACAUCAUGUUUAGUAUUUUACCCAUUGGAAUGUAUAGAAGCAAAGAUGCAAGUUGCUGGAAAGAAAAAAGAUGGUGGAUUAUUAAAAGUUGGAUCCAACGCAGGUGGCGGUGGAAUGAUCCAACAAUUUAAACAUAUAUUAAGAGUAGAAGGAGUAAAAGGAUUAUAUCAAGGUGUAACACCUACUGCAAUUGGUAAUGCUGUCAAUUGGGGUGUAUACUUUACGAUUUAUAGGUAUACCAAUCAUUGGUUCUCUCAACAAUUCCCAGACCGUCAUGCUACUCUAGGACAUUCAAUAUCAGCCAUUCAUGCAGGCAUUAUAACGACGGCAGUGGUCAACCCAUUUUGGGUAUUAAAAAUAAGACUGGCUACAUCUGACAAAUACAAGGGUAUGGUAGAUGCAUUCCAAUCGAUUUUAAAAAAUGAAGGUGUUGGUGGAUUUUGGAAAGGUGUUGGACCAUCUUUUAUUGGAGUAUCAGAAGGUUUGGUUCAAUUUGUAACUUAUGAAAAAUUAUUAGAGGCUGCAAGACAUAAUAAUGGAGGUAAUCCUCUCUCUAUUUCAGCCUAUCUAGUAUCUGGUGGUUUAGCAAGAUUAACUGCUGGUUUAAUUACCUAUCCCUAUCUCUUACUUAGAUCAAAACUUCAAGUUGAUAAUUGUCAAUAUAAAUCUAUUGGUGAUGCUUGUAAAAUGAUUUAUAGAGAUGAAGGAAUACAUGGAUUUUAUAAAGGAAUUGGACCAAAUUUAAUUAGAUCAGUACCUCCAGCUGCAAUGAUGUUAUACAUUGUAGAAUUCUUUAGAUCGUCAUUAUUAAAUUUAACCAAUCAACAUUAA